GUCAAAUAUAUCAAUCAAAUCAGUAGAAUUUGACAAAAAGAAGGAAGUUAUAAAGGACUGUUUUUAAACAAAUAAUUGAAUUAUUCACUGAAUAUUAUUAUUAAUGUUGGAAUAUAACAAUUUAAAAUCAUUAGGAAGCUAGUAAUUAAAUGAAGAUGGCCAGAGAUUACGACCACUUGUUUAAAUUGCUUAUAAUAGGAGACAGUGGUGUAGGUAAAAGUUCCUUACUUCUACGAUUCUCGGACAAUACGUUUACUGGAAGCUACAUUACUACCAUAGGUGUAGAUUUUAAAAUUAAAACUGUGAAUGUUAAUGGUCAAAAGGUUAAAUUACAAAUUUGGGAUACUGCAGGUCAGGAACGAUUCCGUACCAUAACUAGUACAUAUUAUCGGGGUACGCACGGAGUUAUAGUUGUGUAUGAUGUUACUAAUGGGGAGAGUUUUGCGAACGUCAAAAGGUGGUUACAUGAAAUUGAACAGAACUGUGAUCUAGUGAAUAAAGUAUUAGUUGGAAAUAAAAAUGAUACACCAGACAGGAAGGUGGUGCUCACAGAAGAUGCUCAACGUUUUGCUGAUACCAUGAACAUAAAAUUAUUCGAAACGUCGGCAAAAGAUAACAUAAAUGUAGAAGAAAUGUUCCUAGCAAUAACAAAAUUAGUCUUGCGUUCAAAAUUGGAGAUGCAAGAGCGGCAGAAUGUGACCCAAAAUGAUACUGUCAAUUUAAGGAAAACCAACAAACAGGGGAAAAAGAAAACCUGUUGUUAGCCACUAUAAAAAAAUAUAUUAUAUAUAAAAUAUUGCAAUUAUGUGUGUAUGUUUGUAAGCUGUGAGUGAAUGAACAGUAAAACGAUUUUUUUAAUUGGACAUUUUUUAAUCAGUAGUGUGUCAUAACUGGGAUCUCAUGUGGAACUGUUACUGCAUUUAACAAUUUUAAAAUUAAUUAUUCCUUUGAAUAUAGGGUCAUUUUAGGUGUAAUAGAUUAAGUUGAUAUUUCCCAAAUUUUCCAAGUCAAACUUAUUGACUUAAAUAUUUGGUACAUUCGUGGUAUUGUGUUUGACAGACAUCUUAAAAUAUACAGUAUGUUAGGUUUCCCACAUUGACCUCAGAAGAACGGUAUAGAAUAAGCGAUACUAUUGAUUAGAGAGAGGUAGGACAGUAUGCGCCAGCCCACUAGAGGUAAAGGCGUAUCCAUCUGUUCCAUCACGGUAGGCAGUCAGAAAAUAUAAUCAAGCAUACCAUCUUUCUUUCGAAGGAUCCAUGGGUUAACAUAUUAUAUAAUUAUACUUUAAAUUUUUAUUUCGUUAUCAGUUGAAAAAUAUAAACAGUAUUAAAUGCAGCUUAAUACAUCGUCAAUAACAAUAUUUUUUAUUAGUUGGUUUGAUUGAUUCAUUAUUUUUAUAAAAGCUUUAUUUACGGAGAUUUUCAGGACAAUGUCAGUUCAAUAAAAAAAAAUACUCAAUGUGUCGGAUCUCUUAUGGGCCAUUUGAAAGUGGUAAAAAGAAUAAUUUAAAAUUUAAGUUAUUUCUUAAAUUCAUCAAAUUUAUUUAAAAAAAGGUUUUAAUGAAUACCAGAAAUAAGUAGGUACAUUAUUUUUUUAAAAACUUUUUAUUGAAAGAUUAAGUUUUCCUUACUGACAUCACCUCACUUGAUAGACAUCUAGGCUAUUGAUUAUGUCAUAGAAAGGAAAGAUCACCUUCGUGCUCUUUCAUCAAAUAUCAUUAAAAAUGAGAAACCUUGCAGUGCAAUUGAAUUAGAGGGUGGAAAUUGGAGAUAGUGGUGAAAAUGUAACCCUUACAGUUUUUUAAUUAUAUCUCGAAAACGAAGCAAAAUUCAGAUAUAGUUAAUAAGAAUGUUUUUGUAGAGAAUGCGAUUUCAUAUCUAAAUAGAUUAUUUAAAUUUUCUUUUUGUAAAAAAGAAUUUAAAAAAGAGCAAAAACCAUUUUUUUUUUUUUAUUUUCUGAGCAGAGAUAGGUAUAGACAAUGCUUCAUAUAAAAAAGUACUUAAAAUUUUUGUUAAAAUGGUGGGUUAAAAAGUUUUUUUGGAUAAAAACCGGCCGAUAUAUAGCCUCUCAAACCCUUUUUUUAUCGCGUUUAUCUCUUUAUCGUUUUAGGAUAAUUUGUUAAUAAAAAUUCAUUAUUUUAAAAAGUUAUAUUUUACAAUAAUUUUGGAGAGUAAAGUUUAUUCAGGUAAGAAAAUUUUAUUUAACAUUAAAUAUUCAUUAAUUAUUCGAAUUAUUUGCAUUUCAUUAUAUUUUAUUUCUCUCAAUAAUCUUAUCAAAUUGGAUAUCGAUUUCUUCAUCUAUAUCUUCAAGAUCAUCGGCCCCUGUAAUCUCUGUUUCUCGUAUAUUUUCGCAAUUGACAUCCAUGCAUUCUUUGUAAAAUAUUCAACAAGUUAUUUUCCUAAUUUCCUACAACCACAGCUUCCGUAGCAACCUGAAGUACAUCCGCAAGCCACUUUAAUAUUAUUAUUGUUAAGAACAGGCAAGCCAUAUGGUCGAUUAAGCUGCUUUUUUAGUUAGUCAUUUUAAAUUACUACAUGACGGUUAAAACUUAAUAUACUGUUACGAAUUAAAUUAUUUCCUCAUUCUUCAAGUUCUUUAUCCACUCUCGCCUUAAAUUGGUUUAAGUUCUGGGCUUGAGAGACUGU